UUUGCCUUUGCCUUCCCAGAAUUGUUUGAGAAGAAGAACUAUGAGCUGAGAAUAGCAGGAGGUGCUGUCAGGGAUUUGCUAAGUGGAAUGACACCACAGGAUAUAGAUUUUGCCACUACAGCUACACCAGCAGAGAUGAAGGAAAUGUUCACAUCUGCUGGUGUUCGUCUGAUAAACAACAAAGGAGAAAAACAUGGGACUAUUACUGCCAGGCUCCAUGAACAGAAUUUUGAAAUUACUACUCUUAGAAUAGACGUUGUCACCGAUGGACGACAUGCAGAGGUUGAGUUCACCACUGACUGGGAAAAGGAUGCUGAAAGGAGGGACCUGACUGUCAAUUCCAUGUUUUUAGGUUUGGAUGGGAUGCUGUAUGAUUUUUUUAAUGGCUAUGAAGACCUGAAAAACAAGAAAGUAAGAUUUGUAGGAAAGGCAAGUGAGAGAAUACAAGAAGAUUAUUUACGAAUCCUGAGAUAUUUCAGGUUUUAUGGAAGAAUCGCAGAAAAACCUGGUGACCAUGAUCCUAGCACACUGCAAGCAAUUAAAGAAAAUGCCAAAGGUUUGGCUGGAAUAUCAGGAGAAAGGAUUUGGGUGGAACUGAAAAAAAUUCUUCUUGGAAACCAUGUAAAUCAUUUGGUUCGACUUAUGUACGAGCUGGAUAUUGCCCAGUACAUAGGACUACCACUUGAUGGGAAUUUGGAGGAAUUCGACAGAGUCACAAAGAAUAUUCAAAAUCUGUGUCCAAAGCCAAUGACUGUGCUGACAUCGCUGUUCAGGGGGAAGGAUGAUGUCACAAACCUGGAUCUGAGGCUGAAAAUCUCAAAAGAUGAAAAAACCCUUGGCCUUUUUUUGGUGAAGCACCGGCAGGAGUUAACCAAAGCUGAGGGUCCAGAACCGCUUAAACCAUAUCAGGAUUUCAUCAUGGAUUCUAGAGAAGCUAAUACCAAUUCCAGGAUCUGCGAGCUUCUGAAAUACCAAGGAGAAGAACAUCUUUUCAGAGAAAUGCAGCAAUGGACUGUUCCUACUUUCCCUGUUAGUGGCCACGAUUUAAGAAAAAUGGGUGUGUCUUCUGGAAAAGAAAUUGGAGCAGCACUACAGCAGUUAAGGGAUGAAUGGAAGAAGAGUGGGUACCACAUGGAUAAAGAAGAACUGCUGAGUUGCCUGAAGAAGCUGGGAAACUGAAUAAUAGUGGAGAACUGUGUGUGCUCU